AUGUCUUAUAAUGAUUUAAAUAAAAGUAAUAUGAGUAGUAGUCAAAAUGGUAAUACAUUUUCAUAUUCAGCCAAUCAUUCACCACCCUCAUCUAGUAAUAAUCUAGCAGCAUCAUUGGGUAAUAUCACAUCUUCUAACCACGAUUAUAAUGAAGAAUCUACAGAUAUUGAAAUUCAAGAAAAAACACCCGAUCAAUAUUCACCCUUAUUAAUUAGUGAUCCAUCUUCCUCAAAAUCAAGAAAAAGUAUUUCUGCUUCUUCCUCAAUUGAUGAAGUUGAUAAUAGAAAUACCAUUCAAAAGAUUAAAGAUUUCAUUACAAGAAAGCAUAUUUAUUUAUCAAGAACUAUCAUUUUAGAAUUAGAAGAACAACCAAAAAAGUAUUUUUAUAAUAAUAAUAUAGCAUUAUCUCAAUUUAUUCCACCACUUCAAACUGGUUACCUAUUUACAUAUAUUUCACCAUUGGUAUUUGUAUUAUCAGUAACUAUAUUUAAAGAAGCAUAUGAUGAUUUUAAAAGAUAUCGUAGAGAUAAAGAAGCCAAUUCACAACAUUAUUCAAAGUUAACAAAGAAUGGAUUCAUAUCAAUUCCAAGUUCAGAUAUUAAAGUUGGUGAUUUUAUAAAGGUUGAAACCAAUCAAAGAGUACCAUGCGAUAUGAUAUUCUUAAGAACCACUGAAAAGAAUGGUUCCUCAUUCAUUAGAACCGAUCAAUUGGAUGGUGAAACCGAUUGGAAAUUAAGAAGAUCUGUUAAUAUAACUCAAAAAUUAUCUUUAGACGAAGAUUUAGUUAAUUUACGUGCUUCAAUUUAUGCUGAAAAACCAAAAAAAGAUAUUUAUAAUUUUAUUGGUAAUUUUACAAAUGAAGAAUCUGGUGAAACUGAAAGUUUAAGUGUUGAAAAUACAUUAUGGUCAAAUACAGUUAUUGCAUCAGGUAAUGUUAUUGGAUGUGCAGUUUAUACAGGUCGUGAAACAAGAUGUGUAAUGAACACAAGUACUCCAUCGACUAAAGUUGGUUUAUUGGAUAAUGAAUUGAAUACUCUAUCAAAAAUUUUAUUUGUAUUGUUAUUAUGUUUAUCAUUAUUGAUGAUAACAUUGAAAGGAUUUAGAGGUUUAUGGUAUAUUUACUUAUUUAGAUACUUAUUAUUAUUCUCUGCAAUCAUUCCAAUUAGUAUGAGAGUUAAUUUAGAUCUUGGUAAAACAGUUUAUUCUUGGAUGAUGAUGAAAGAUCCUUUAAUUCCUGGUACUGUUGUUAGAUCUUCAACAAUUCCCGAAGAAUUAGGUAGAGUAGAAUAUUUAUUAACUGAUAAAACUGGUACUUUAACUCAAAAUGAUAUGGUAUUUAAAAAAUUACAUUUAGGUUCAGUAUCAUUUUCAAGUGAAGGUAUUAAAGAUUUACAAGAAGAAUUAAAACAAUCAUAUGAUGUUAAUAAUAUAAAUAAUAAUAAUAAUGUUAAUGUUAAAAUUUCAGGUAAUUCAAGACCAAAAAGAAAUUUUAGUAGAAAAAUUAAAGAGGCAAUCACAGCAAUUGCACUUUGUCAUAAUGUAACACCGGUUUCAGAGGAUGCAAAUGAAUUACAAUUAAAUACUGAAAAGAAAAAGAAAAAGAAGAGAGCAUUUUUUGGUCGAAAACAAUAUGAAAAAUUAGAUGAUGAAGAGAAUUCAUCAAUAAAUAAUGGUAGUAGUGGUGUUAAAAAUAGAAAUGAUGAAUUUUCAAAAGCUAUUGAUAAAUAUCAUUCUGCUCAAAAAUUACCAAAUAAUAAUAAUAAUAUAAAUAAUAAUAAUAAUAAUAAUAAUAAUAAUAGUACAAAUAAUUCAAAUAAAUCAAAUUAUGAAAGUGGUAGUAGUAGUACAGGUGGUAGUUAUGAUAGUGGUAAAUAUGAUAGUGGUACAUUUGAUAGUGGUAUCAUUUCAUCAUCAGAACCAAAACCACAAUCAUAUCAAGCAUCAAGUCCAGAUGAAGUUGCUUUAGUUAAAUUUACAGAAUCUGUUAAUUUAGUAUUGACAGGUCGUGAAUUAAAUUCAAUUACAUUAUUGAAUCCAUUGGGUGAACUUGAAAAGUAUGAAAUUUUAAAUAUUUUCCCAUUCACUUCAGAAACCAAAAGAAUGGGUAUUAUUGUGCGUGACAAAGAUGGUGAAAUCACUUUCUAUAUGAAAGGUGCAGAUGCAAUCAUGGCUAAAUUAGUUAAAGCCAAUGAUUGGUUAGAUGAAGAAUGUGGUAAUAUGGCAAGAGAAGGUUUACGUACACUUGCAUUUGGUAAGAGAUCAAUGUCAGAGGAAGAGUAUCAUCGUUUUGUUGCAACUUUUAAUGCUGCAAAAACUACAAUCGUUGAUCGUGCCGCUAAAGUUCAAGAGGCAAUAGCAACCAUUGAAAAGGAUUUAGAAUUGAUUGCACUCACUGGUGUCGAGGAUAAACUUCAAGAAAAAGUUAAACCAACCUUGGAAAUGUUAAGAAAUGCCGAUGUUAAAGUUUGGAUGUUAACUGGUGAUAAGAUUGAAACUGCAACUUGUAUUGCCAUUUCAACUAAAUUAGUCUCUAGAACUCAAUCACUCUUUCAAAUCUCUGUAACCGAUAAAACAAGAGCUCGUGAAAAGUUAAGUCAAUUCGCUGCAAUGAGAGAUUCUUGUUUGGUUAUCGAUGGUCCAUCAUUACAAAUGUGUUUGGAUAACUUUAAGGAUGAUUUUAUGUCAAUUGCAACCAAAGCACCAUCAGUUGUAUGUUGUCGUUGUACACCAACUCAAAAAGCUGAUAUCGUUAGAUUGAUUAGAGAGAAAACUAAAAAGAGAACUUGUGCCAUUGGUGAUGGUGGUAAUGAUGUUAGUAUGAUUCAAGCUGCUGAUGUUGGUGUUGGUAUCGUUGGUAAGGAAGGUAAACAAGCAUCGUUGGCCGCUGAUUUCUCAAUCACUCAAUUUAGUUUCCUUGCAAAUCUCAUCUUAUGGCAUGGUAGAAACUCUUAUAAACGUUCAGCUCGUAUGUCACAAUUUGUUAUUCAUCGUGGUCUUAUCAUUUCAUUCAUUCAAUGUGUUUUCAGUGCUAUCUAUUAUUUCGCUGCCAUUUCAAUUUAUAAUGGUAUGUUAUUGGUUGGUUAUGCUACCCUCUACACAAAUGCUCCAGUUUUCUCUUUGGUUUUGGAUGAAGAUGUUCCAAUGGAAAUUGUAUUCAGAUAUCCAGAACUCUAUCAUGAAUUACAAAAAGGUCGUUCAUUGUCCUACAAAACAUUUUUCAUUUGGGUUUUAAAAAGUGUCUAUCAAGGUGGUGCAAUCAUGUUACUCUCAAUCCUUCUAUUCGAAUCUUCACUUAACAAUAUCGUAUCAAUCACUUUCACCUCUUUAAUUCUUUGUGAACUCUUAAAUGUUGCUACCGAAAUUAAUACUUGGCAUAGAUAUAUGAUUGGUUCACUCAUUGUAACCUUAUUAUCCUAUGUCAUAACAAUGAUGAUUCCUCAAUUAUUGGCUUUUGAACUUUCUUUCAUUUUAUCUUGGGAAUUUGUUUGGAAAGUAAUGGUUAUAACACUUGUAUCUUGUUUCCCACUUUAUAUUAUUCAAUUCAUUCAAAAGAAACUAGAUCCACCUUCAUAUAGUAAAUUAACUUAA